AUGAUAGUAGAUAUUUUUUCUUCAUUUGAUGAUCAUAACUCAACAACAUUAUAUCUUCAUUCUCUCACAUGAAUCUUAUCCUUAUGAUCUCUCUUUUUUAUCAAUUCUUCAUUCUGAAUUUUUCCUUCACUUUUCAACUCCUCUCUAAUAAUCCCAAAACAAAUUAUUAACAUCCAAAUUACUCGAUCUUUUAGAAAUAAUUUAGGAGGCUUUUCACUCAUCAUCUCAUCAUUAUUUUUAAUAAUUAUUAAUUUUAACCUCUUAGGCUUAAUUCCUUAUGUAUUUAGAACUACUAGUCAUUUAGCUAUAUCGUUCUCUCUCUCAUUUCCAUUAUGAUUAAGAUUAAUCAUUUCAUCCUAUCAAAAUAAUAGCUAUUCAUCCCUCGCAUCUCUUCUACCUUCAGGUACUCCUUCGUUUCUAAUCCCCUUCUUACCUCUAAUUGAAAUUAUAAGUAUUAGAGUUCAACCUUUAACUUUAGCAAUUCGAAUCGCAGCAAACAUUAGAGCUGGACAUAUUAUCUUAACCCUAAUCGGUGACUUCUUAUCAUUUUCAUUAAUUAAUACUUCUAUUAUCUCAACAUCAAUUGUUUUAAUAGUACAAAUUGGUUAUUUUAUCUUUGAAAUUGGUAUUGCUAUUAUUCAAGGUUAUAUUUUCUCUUUAUUAAUUACUUUAUACUCUGAUAAUCACCAAUUGAUAAAUCUAAAAAACAUUUAUUCUCACUUAAAGAUAAUACUACCACCUUAA